CUCUUCACGUAAGCACAUAAGGGGUCCUACCAAAAAAACGAAACAAAGAGGAAGCUUUACUUUCGGUUCAAAAUACGUUGUGUCUGCACGAAAGGGGGUUGCAGGAAACAAAUUGAGAUAUACAAUCAUUGACAUGCCUUCCUGUCCAAUUUGUUACGAGGAAACCUCUAACCCACAUUUCUGCGUACCAUGUAGACCCAUUUUCUGUUAUAAAUGUAUCUCUGCGUGGAGAAACAGGACUUGUCCAUUAUGCAGAGGAAACAUCGCAUCAUACAAACCUGUCAAACUCGCAUCUUCCAAUGAAAAUGAUUUUCCAAACUACGCUGAGAGGAGCAAAUUGUUUGCCACUGUUUUGGUGAUAAUAUUUCUUCUCGUAGAUCUCCAAAGUCCAGUUGGAUUUGUGCGCUGUGUAUUGUAUCCUCCGUGUCACGACUUAUGUUUGGCUAUGUGGGAAAUCAUUUACACCCUAGCAAUGAUAAUAUUUAUGCCUGUUAAAUGUAUUUAUAGAUCAGUAGUCGAAAUUGUUAUUUAUGAAUUGUAUGAUAUUUUAAUUUUAAUAUGCUACACGCCUGUAAAUAUUGGGACACAUUUACUUUACCUACCUUUAUUCCUAUAUGAGGGGGUAAAAUCGUACUUUUUUGAAAAUAGUUGGGCUGGACUUUUGCAGAGAGCUGUACACAUUAUUUUCAUUUUAUUAUUUUUAGACUCAGCUUCUCAAACAGAUUUGCUGCAAAUGUUUGAGAAAUCCAAUUAAGAAAAAGAAUGAGAAACACUGUAAGAUAUGUUAUUAAACAUUUUAAAGGAAAUUAUACCUAAAGAUCAGAACAAACAAUUACAAAAACAUUGAAUCCUUCUAGUCUGUUUGCCUUUUUUUACAAUUGUGUUUUAAUUAUAAAACAAUGUGCUAUGAUAA